UGAGGUAGAGAGACUGUCUCUCCUGACUGCAUUAGGAGCUUCUAGCCUUUGUGAUUCCUUUUGAUCAAAUCUCUGUGUGAGACACGUGUCAUGCCCUCUUCCAGCCAGCUGUGAGGGGACUGGCCCGCCACCCAAUGGGGGAGGGAUGUGAGUGUGUGUGAGAGCUCCUAAGGUGAGAGGUGGGAGGGAGGGAGAAAGGGAGGGUCUCAUUCCUCUCUCCAGCGCCCGGCACACACUCAUCCCGGACACUCACUUACACACAGGCCUGUGGACACACAACAGUGUGUCUGUCGAUUGCAGGAGAAAGUGUGUGUGUGUUGUGUGUGUCUGUGACUCCACUGUGAGUGAUGGAUCUCUCGCAGUAGAACUUGUACAGACAAGAGAUUCUGCUGGAAUGGCUAACUGCUCAGGAACUUCAGUCUGAUCAAAAUGUCUGAGGCUAUUUGCUGCACGGUUGUGAACUGCAAUUGUGACAGUUUUAAACCAGGUAAACUGCGACGCAGACUGUGUGAGCAUUGUAAACAUGGCUGGGUCGCCCAUGCCCUGAGCAAGUUGAAGUUUCAUCACACAUAUCAAGGAAGCCAGGUUGAGAUUGUUCACUCCAACGUGGUGUUUGAUAUCUGCAGUUUGAUGCUUUAUGGGACACAGGCGAUCCCAGUGCGUCUGAAGAUCCUGCUGGACCGACUCUUCAGCGUCCUUAAGCAGGAGGAGGUCAUUCAGAUCCUGAACGCGCUGGACUGGACUCUGCAGGACUACAUUCGUGGUUAUGUGUUGCAGGAUGUGGCCGGAAAGGUACUGGACCGCUGGGCCAUAAUGACCUUUGAGGAAGAGAUUGUCACGCUGCAGCAGUUCCUGCGUUUCGGAGAGACAAAAUCCAUCGUGGAGCUGAUGGCUCUUCAGGAUAAGGAGGGACAGGCAGUUGUCGUUCCAACUUCCAGAACCAAUUCUGACAUCCGUAGCUUUAUCGAAAGCAGCACCCAGCGCCCUGCACGGCUCCCUGGUAAACCUGAUGCACCCAGCUGUAGUAAUGGACACCAUUUUGAGACGCUAGUGAAUAGCAUGACCCUCAUGUUGCCGCUGCUGAACUCCGCUGUACCGGCACCGUUCUUGAGCUCCAGCGCGGAUUCCAGCUGCCAGGAGGUGCAAACCAAACACGAGACUGCAGAUAUAAGCCUUGAUGCCGCUGCUGCUCCAUUUGACACUGGACCUGUGAGGGCAGAUGUGACUAUGGACACAGACUCUACAAAGAUGGAAUCAGAAGAGUUUAAUGUAAGUGGAAACUCUUCGCCCUCCACCACCUGCACGCCCUCCAUCAUUUCUGACAUCACACAGAUGUCUCCCGAGAAUAAGAUAAGGUGUGCGGAGAAGAGCGGAACCAUGAAGAAGGGCCGUGUGUUCUGCAGCGCCUGUGAGAAAACUUUCUAUGAUAAAGGCACGCUGAAGAUACACUAUAAUGCCGUUCACCUAAAGAUCAAACACAAAUGUACCAUUGAAGGAUGCAACAUGGUGUUCAGCUCUCUACGCAGUCGGAACAGGCACAGCGCUAAUCCGAAUCCAAGGCUUCACAUGCCAAUGAACCGCAACAAUCGAGACAAGGACCUACGAGGCGGCCUGAGCCCGAGACAGGAGGACGAGGAUGAGAAAAGGGAAUUCGAUUCGGGCCCAGAGAGCAGAGCGGUUUCUAGUUUCAUAAUUCGCAACUCAGAGCCGAAACUGCACAGCUCUUUCUCUGGCAUCAGCCAGAGCGGAAUACUUUUUCCCAAUCUCAAGACUGUACAGCCUGUGCUUCCGUUCUACCGUAGCCUGGUGACCCCGGCAGAACUGGCUCACACGCCGGGCAGCCUACCCUCACUCCCACUUCUGUCCUCCUCUGUGGCCAUCGAUGCCAAUCAAAUGGAGACAAGCUCAGAGGCAGUGCCUAAGAAAAAGUCUAGAAAGUCCAGCAUGCCGAUAAAGAUCGAGAAGGAUGAGCUAGCAGCAGAGGGCGUAUCAGAGGACGAAAGUCCGGUGCUCAGCCCCUGUACAGAAAAUUAUCAGGUUAGCAGCAUGGACCAUGAAAAACUGAGAGAACCUGUGCUCUGUGAAAUGCUUAACCAAUCCACACCCCUUAUGUCUAUCCCCAAUGCACAGAGAACUGAAAUGGACAGGUUUGCUCAGGAGGACAGUUAUAUCACAUUGCCAUCUUCUUCUCUCUUAAAGGAUCAGAUGAAAGAGAGGAAGAGGGAGUCUCCAAUAUGCGAAGAACCGCCAUGUAGUUCACAGCCAACCAAUUUAACUGUAAGCCACAGUGAGCACAGUGUAGACAGUUGCAGCGACCCCGAGACCUUUUGCUCAGAUGAUAGAGAAGGGCAGUCGCACCCAUGUGAGAUCUGUAGUAAAACAUUCAAAAACCCUUACAGUGUGAAAAUGCAUUAUCGAAACGUGCACUUGAAAGAGAUGCACAUGUGCAAUGUGGAAGGCUGCAACGCUACUUUUCCUUCUCGACGCAGCAGAGAUCGACACAGUGCAAACCUGAAUCUACACUACAGGCUGUUGACCAAAGAUCAUUCAGGAGCAUCUCUCUGCAGUGAACGUCUGGAUUUCCCCGACAAAGAGUCUCUGAGUCAGAUGUCUGUCAUUCUAAAAGGGAGUAACCGUACAGGCCUGGUGUUUCCCAUGAGUAAAUCACUGGAGAGAGCAAGAGAUCCAGCAGAGGGCGCUAUGGAGGAUGAAGCUGUACUAGACUUAAGCACGAGAGGAAGCGCUCACUCCUCCUGGGACUCGGACAUGGGCAGCGAGGAGGGACUCAUUCUGGAGGACAGCGAUGAGAGCUGUGAUGGCCUGAGUGCCGGAACGGGCGAAUCUCUGCCCUGCCUCAGUCAUCCGUCUCAUGGCUCAUCACCCAUAACGUGUCAUCUCUGUAAGAAAGUUUACAGUAACAAAGGCACAUUCAGAGCUCAUUACAAGACUGUUCACCUUCGACUUCUUCACAAGUGUAAAGUUCCAGGCUGUGACACGACAUUCUCCUCUGUUAGAAGCCGCAAUCGUCAUAGUCAAAAUCCAAAUCUACAUCGUAACCUCGGAACAAAUAGCUCCUUCAUUCAGGAGUAGGACAAACACAUUUAUGCACAUAAAGCCAUAUACUCCUGAAAAUACAUACGGUCACUUGAAUUAAAGUUCAACAGUUUUGGACAAAACAAAACAUAAAUAUUUAUAUUAAAAGCCUUCUAAAAUUUUUCAAUAUGGUUUUCCUCUUAAAAACUACUUAAGAUUCUUUCCUUGUAUUUAUUCAUUGUUAAUGAGCAAGUAAUAUGUCAGAUUGCCGUACAGUGCUGUAAAUGUCUGGGUUAUGAUAUGACAAACAAUUAGUCUGUGAAGAGAAGCACACACAAUAGCACAGACAGAGAUGUUUAAAAAGUCACUUUAAAAGAAAAAAAGGAAAGAAAAAACAUUUACUGCUAUUAGAAGUCCCUCAUUCAUUAUUGUUGUCCUUCUCUGCAGUUAUUCAUUGAGCAGACACAUAUGGAGAGAGAGAGACAAAGAGACAGGGAGAAAGCGCAUUAUAAAGCUACAAAGUGUUGGUGAAUGAUAGUAAAUUGACUCGUCAUGUCUUGCAGUAAAUUUUCUUGUAGUAGAAUUGUGCUGGCUGUACAGUUAUUACAAAUGAAUCUUUGAAGCCCUCCGACUUUGUUGCUGUUGAUUUUUAAAGAGACUGUUGUGUUCCUUUUCGGUUAGUUACUGUAUUUAUUAUUAUAAUACAGUUAUUCUUGUAGAGACCAAAGAUUCAUGAUUCACAGUGGUUGUAAAGAAAGCAUUAUAAACAUCAAAAUAAGACUGCACUUGAAUGUGUUACCAAAGGUUACUAUAAAGACUCAACAUCCCAAAGUUUAUAACCCAUACUCACUAGUUUAAUAUGUACAUGCUAUGCUUCAUGAAGUGUACUAUGUCUUUUAGUCAAGCAAUUGUACCUGAAAAUGGUUUGCCCUGAUCUAAACACAUUUUACACAUUACAAGGAUAAAGCAGUAUAUCUGACACAAGCACAAACAAACCUGUUGACAAAAACCAACCCUUACCUUAAAGAGCACAUAUUUCAUUACUAAAAGCAACAUAAUUUUUUGUAUGUAGUAUAAUACAAUGUGUUUGCAUGGUUUAUGAUUCAAAAAACACAUUAUUUUCCAAAUACCAUACAUUUUUGAAACUUCAGAUUGCAAUCUCUUUCUGAAACCCACGGAUUUGAAAAGCUUUGCUUUGUGUCCAUGAUUGGCUAGCUAAUCUGUAUGCUCUGAUUGGCCUGAAUACCUCUGACGUCAGCCGGAAAUGUGACGCUCCUUACCAUGUUGGAGACGAUAAUCCGCGUCAUUGUUUACUUAGGGGUUUUUACCUUUUCCAUAUCAUUAACAGACUAAUACACACGUACACACCAAAGGAAAUGUAAAAACGUGAAUCGGACAAUAGGGGCUUUUUAAGACAAAAAUAAAAAAGAAGUAUAUGCGGUAACAUAAGCAAAUACCAUAUGAGAUCUAUUUAAAAUGAUUGUUUGAUAAGCACUGUAAACA